UCUCUGCACGUUGCAAGAGCACUCCUUUUAAAGCUAUGUUCUAGCGUUUAGAAGGAGGGGGUAAGCUCACAGGUGGUCGCAGUACUCGUUAACAGCUGGGUCUGGUAUAAGGCUCGAGUCCUCAGUUUCUUCGCCGUCUUUCUUCCGGCGCUGCUAUCGACAAACAGAACGAGAAAAAAAACGGAGCGUUUUUCGGGAGAGAAAAGGAGAUUAGAAAGCGAGAAAGAGAGCGAGAGAUGGAGAGAUUGCAGAUCUGGUUCUCCUUUGGAACCCUCACCAUCAUACUAUCGCUCCUCUUCGUCUCCGCUCUUGCCGACGACGUCAUCGUGCUCACCGACGCCAACUUCGAGAAGGAGGUCGGCCAAGAUCGCGGUGCCCUCGUCGAGUUCUACGCCCCUUGGUGUGGGCAUUGUAAGAAGCUUGCUCCUGAAUAUGAAAAGCUCGGUUCAAGUUUUAAGAAGGCUAAAUCCAUUUUGAUAGGAAAGGUGGACUGCGAUGAGCACAAGAGCUUAUGUGGCAAAUACGGGGUUUCAGGAUACCCAACAAUCCAAUGGUUUCCAAAAGGCUCCUUGGAACCAAAAAAGUAUGAAGGCCCACGAACUGCAGAAGCCCUUGUUGAAUUUGUAAAUAAUGAAGGAGGGACCAACAUAAAGGUGGCAACUAUUCCUUUGGUAGUAGUACUGACAUCAGAUAACUUCAACCAGGUUGUCCUUGAUGAAACUAAAGAUGUCCUUGUGGAGUUUUAUGCGCCAUGGUGUGGUCAUUGCAAAAACCUUGCUCCUGUAAAAGUAGCUACUGCUUACAAGUUGGAAGAGGAUGUUGUAAUCGCUAACAUUGAUGCUGACAAAUACAAAGAUUUGGCUGAAAGUGAGUAUGGAGUUAGUGGUUAUCCUACAUUAAAGUUUUUCCCAAAGGGCAACAAAGCUGGUGAAGACUACGAUGGUGGCCGGGACUUGGGUGCCUUUGUUAAAUUCAUCAAUGAGAAGUGUGGCACAAGCCGUGAUGAAAAAGGAAAACUUACUUCGCAGGCUGGUAUUGUAGCAAGCUUAGAUGCUUUGGUGAAGGAAUUUGUCAGUGCUAGUAAUGACAAGCGGAAAGCAAUUGUAUCUCAGAUGGAAGAGGAGGUUGAGAAACUCAAGGGUUCUUCUGCAAGGUUUGGUAAGACCUAUUUGAAGAUUGCAAAAAGCUGCAUUGACAAAGGUUCUGACUAUGCCAAAAAUGAAAUUGAGCGGCUUCAACGCAUGAUGGAUAAGUCAAUCAGCCCUUCCAAGGCAGACGAGUUCAUCAUCAAGAAGAACAUCCUAUCAACUUUUGCUGCUUAGGGGCAUGCAGGCUUCUUUGAUACUUAAAACAUUUUCGAGACAAAUUUUGAGAUUUGCAUCUUUAUAACCAAGUGAGUUAUGUGCAGCAGGGCCUCGUGUUAGACGUUGCAGUUUGCAUAAUCAUAUGCAAUUACCAAUGAUCUCCAUUGCGUUUUGUUUUUAAAUGACUCGAUCUUGACUUACAGAGAUAGGCUUACCAUAAAACAAACAGGGCAGAUCCUUGCAUUUGUGUUGUCUCUAUUUUCUGAAGAGCAGCUUCUUUUGCA